CAUACGAGACUAGCUGAAAUCCGCUGAUGGGCCAUCUUUAGGAAAGGCUACAUAAGCCGAACUUUCUCACGGGCCACAACUGUGUUUCGUCUCUUUACCCAUUGCCGCAAAUUCUUGAGGCACAUGGUUACCAAGAUGCGAUUCUUCGCUCUCUUUAUUGUGAUUGCGGUCAGUGGCUGCGCUGGCAAGUCCGUCGAAGGACCCCGCCGUGCCAUCGUAUCGAUUUUGAAUGAUGGAAUCAAUGGCAAAAUCAUCUUUGAGCAGGCUUCCCCUAAAAGCCCGGUGAAGAUCCGCGGCACUGUCUACGGCUUGGAGCCCGGCAUGCAUGGCAUGCACGUGCACGAAGGCCAACAGCUGGGAGCUGAUUGUCACCAGGUUGGCCCUCACUUUAAUCCGACCGGUAAACAACACGGAGGACCCCGCGAUGCUAACCGUCACGUUGGUGACUUGGGCAACAUCAGGGCCAUGCCAUCCGGCCAGGUUUCCCGGGCAGAAAUCAGUAUCCUGUCCCAGGUGAUGUCCUUGUACGAAGACCAGCAAAACAGCGUUCUCAACCGUGCUCUGGUAAUUCAUGCCAAUGCCGAUGAUUUGGGUCGUGGUAACGGCCCCGAAAGCCUUAAAACUGGCAAUUCGGGUGCUCACAUCGCCUGUGGUCUGAUCUCUUCUGUCGAUGUCGAUGAACAAAAUAUCGAAAUUGAUGAACAACUAGUCAGUGGUCAUCCCCAACAUGGAAACCACGGACAUAACCGUAGUCAGAAUGGUAACACACACUCUGCUGAGAGCAAGCCAUUGAGAAGUUUGGAGGAUUGGUCUUCGUUUGAAACCAUCAAACCCGCUAAACCCCACGAUGGUUUCGAACUGAAAACUGCUGUUCCUACCCACAACGUUUGGAAAGUUGGUCGCGUCUACGAGUAUGACUACUCUGGUUUCCUUUCAACCGGUAUGAUGGGAAUCAGCCCCAUUAUCUCUGGAGGAUCAAUUUCAGGCCGUCUGAUCGUUGAACCCGUGGAUCACAGCACCAUCAACAUUGCCUUCACCAAUCUGAGUGGAAAAAUGUUCAAUGAAGCUGUUCUGGAAGAAUUCGUUAAGGCUGAUCCCGGCAUCAACGUCCCCUUAAUGGAUAAGGAACACCUUGUUAAACCCAUUCAGAUGAAGAUUGUCAAUGGCAGGAUCGAAAAUGUCGCCAUCAGCAAGUCGGAACCUCUGUGGACUGUCAACUUCAAGCGCGCCGUUGCCGCCCAACUGCAACUACAGCUCGAUGGAGCUUCUGGUGUCUUCCACAAAGAAGAGCACAGCGCCUAUUACGCCGAGAACACCGUCUACUACACCAUGGAGGGUUGUACCAGUGGUGAAUGUCAGACCUGGUAUCACAUUAGCCGCAUCCCCAAGCAGCAGUUGGUUUCCAACCCACAAUUGCUGGCUGUACCUGAGCUCUGCGAGGGUUUCCCCGUUUAUGAAAUCGUCAAGAACCGUGAUUUUGACAAAUGCAAAAACCUGCCCGUCUUUAACUAUAUCAGCACCCCCGGUAUGCAGUGCGACGUCACUAGCGGCGCAAGCUGUCAGAACGAGUGGGCGCAUGUGGAUCUUGUCAGGAUUCUCGGUUGUAAAAUCAACGAGGAGACUUUCAUCGUUCAACGCAUCAAGACCAUGGAUCGUUUGGUUACCAAGCCUCUUGCUUAUGAAACUGAGGCCCUUGAAGGCUUGACCAUUCAGAAAAUAGAGUUGGUGGACAUCAAGAACCAGAAAAGCGAUCAUACCAUGAUGAAGAUGCCCGCUGAUGUCCAACAUUACAAAUCCUUGACUUACGCUUACGAUGAAGAACACGCCACCGAAGGUUCUCGUAUGAGUCAGCCUGGUCUUCGCGAUAUCAACACACCGUUGGUGAUGAAUGUUGAAAAAGAAAAAGCUAUCAAGGAAGCUGAUCGUUUGUUGUCGGAGAUCCUUCGUGAUAUUGAAGGCACUGAAUACUACACCGAUCCCAGUGGCAAGUUUGUCGCUGACAAAAUCGAAAUGAUGCGUAAAGCCAUCUCCAACUUGGAGUUCCCUGAGCUUUCCGCUUUUGUUUCCAAACAUUUGAGCAAGGAAAGUGAUGAAUGGAGCCCCGUCAGCCAAGUGAUCUUGGAUGCUUUGGUCAUUUCUGGAACCAACCCUUCGGUGAUGAUCGUUCGCGACUGGAUCCUUAAGGGACGUCUUCAAGGAGAACAGGCUGUCAUUGCUAUUUCCACGCUUCCGGCUACCAUCAAGACCCCCACGAAGCAGCUUUUGAUCAACUUGAUUGAACUGAUGAAAUCCGAAGUGGUGACAAGCAACAGAGACUUGAAAUUCGCCACAGCCUUGUCCGUUUCACGUCUCGUCUACCAGGCUUGUGUCAACAGCACCACGAGUACCAAUUUGUUCCCCAAGAUGGUUAUGGGCGAAUUUUGCUCUGUCCGCGACCCAUUGGUGACUCGCCAGUUGGUUCCUUGGCUAAACGAACAGCUGAAGAAGGCCACCGAUGACGUUGAGCGCAUUGCCAUGAUGGCUGCUUUGGGUAACAUCGGUCACGAGGUUAUCAUCCCUUCGAUUCUGCCGCACAUCAGCAGCUGCGAACCCAGCAGCCAUUUCGAAGCCCAGUGGUACGAACGCCAUCGACGCUCAAUGCGCGACGACGAAGAACCGAUGAUCAAGAAAGAAUGGAGAAAGAAGUGGCUGACUUACAAGAAAAAGCACCACAACAAGGAAGCUUCCGUCGAAGAAUUGUUGGACCAAUUUGAAGAAGAACUCCGCAGUGAGAUGGAGGAGGAAAAAACUGGUAAAAGCCAGAAGAAGACUCACAGGCCAGAACAUAAAAAAGAGAACAAGAAAGAUAACAAGAAAUCGGCCAAGUUGAGCAAGAAGGAUGAAAAGAAAGAACGCAAAGCUGCCAAGAAAGAUGGGAAAGAGUAUGAAGAAUUGGAGGAAGAUAUCAAGAUGGACGAGAAGGAAGACAAGGAAGCCUUCAAAUCCGCCAAAAAGGAAGAAAAAGAUGAAUUCAAGUCAGGCAAAAAAGAGGAAAAGAAGGAAAUCAAAUCAAUGGUGAAAGAAGAGAAACAGGAAAUUAAAAAAAUGAAAUCCGAAAUCAAGACUGAAAAAUCCAAUGAAAAGGAAUUCGAACUGUUUAACGAAUUCACCGACGAGGAAGACGUUGUUACCGAUUUCGAAGAAGAUGUAGAAGAAGAAGAGGAUUCGCUAUCGAUGGAGGAUGUCGAAGACAUGGCUGCCUGCAACAUUUUGCGCACCAAAGCCAUCUACGCCUUGUCCACCAUGGCCGUCAAUAAGCACGAAAUCGUCUCCAAAAUUCUGAUGCCCGUCUAUUUCAACAAGGCCGAAGAAACUGAGAUCCGUUUGGCCGCUUUGUCUCUGCUCUUCAUCAGCAACCCACCUGUGGCUUUCUGGGAACGCGUCGCUCUCAGCACCUGGGUCGAAUCUAACGAUCAAGUUUCUCACUACAUUUACACCACCAUUGCCAGCUUGGUGAGCAACAAAGAUCCUAAACGCCGCGACAUUACUCAGCGUGCUGAAUCGGUCUUGCCCAUGAUGAAGCCGAUGCGCUGGACUUCUUUCGUUUCGUCUAACUACCUUAAGGCCGGUUACGAGGAGAAGACCCGUCUCGGUUACUUGACCAAGACGGUCAAUUUCCCUGGAUACGAAUCCUUCAUCCCAUCAAACCACUACAAUAGUUUGUACCUCACUUUUGGCCCUUGGUUCACUCGUCUGUUUGACGUUUCCAUCAACAGCAAGCAGCCAGAAAAGUUCCUCGACAAAUUGCUGGGCAAAACUUUCCUCCGUGGAAAAUCCAACAAGGACGAGUCGUUGCACACUCAUCCCGAUCUAGAGAAGAUCCAAAAAGAACUCAAAAUUGAGGCUCGUGCCACCGGUCAACCCGAGAUUUUCAUCUACGUCAACUUCAUGGACAAUUACCAACGGUUCUUGGCCAUCACUCCUUUGAGCAUUGAGAAAAUGGUGGAGAAAUUGAUCCGCAAUAGCGUUGAACGUAGCGCUAGGAGCGAAUCCUCCUUCAGCGUACACAAAGUAUUGCCCAUGAUCGAUAUUUUCGUUCGCGUUCCGUCAGCCAUGGGUCUCGCUUAUUCAGGCAUCGGUCAAGUCCGUCUCUUUGCCUCUGUCAAGACCGAUACUCGCACCAAUGUAGACUUUAAAUCGAUGAAAUCCUUGAGGGCUCAAACCGAAGGCACCAUCAUGCCCGUCUUCAAUUUGGAUAUCUGCAACAAAAUCACUCUUGAGAUGCCCUUCAGCCGCUCUUAUCCGACUGCCGGAGUUCAUGUUGAAAUGAUCGUUGCUAUGCCUGGCCGUUUCUCCAUCAUUGCCGAUAUGGACAAGGCCAAUAUUGAGACCAGCUGGGAAUUUUUGGGUGGCAAAUUGCGUCUAGCUCGCCACGCCGUUAUCCCAUACACCACCAUCCGCAAACUGGGUGAUUACACUCCGUCCUUGCUCCUACCUGAAACAAAACCCAUCAUGCUUCUAAACAAACCUCUGCAGACUGAAACUCCUUUCGGUGGACAAGCAUUGGGUUUGAACAUGUUGUUGACUGAACGCGGUGACGUUCAGGCUUUGCGAGCCCCCAACGCUUACAACCAAGAUUGGUUCGGUUACUUGCUCUUCAGCGCUCUGCCAUCCACUCUUCGCUAUCACGAGACCAACCUCUUUUUGGAUCAGGCAAAAUCUGAGACCAAGAUCAUCAAGAGCUCUUUCUCCAUCGUUGUCAAACAGGGUGAAGAGGUCAAUUCUGAGCUGCUAGAAGAGGAAGAACGUGAAAACAAGGGUCUAAUGAAGAAGAUGAAGAAGGUUGAUGAAAGAGACAUUUUCGAGCAAUUCGGUAGAAAAGAGCGCAAAUUCCAGGAACUUUUCCAUCAGAUGGCAGAACCUGUUGGCUAUUCUUUGGAAAUGGCCAUUGAGUUAGUUGGCAGUGCCAAACCUCGUGUGUUCGGUACCUCUCUUUCUUACGGAGUUGGAGAUUACGGUCGGUCUCACCGCGGUAGUCUCAAGGUGGAGAAACGUUUCGAAUCGGAGAUGGGAGAAAACUUUGUUUUGUGUGUCGAUGUUGACGCUAAACUGCCCAGACCAUCUGUAGUCCGCCGCGAAGAAUUCUUGCGCGAUGACAUUUCACGCACCUCCUCCAUCAAGAUUGGAUUCGGCAAAUCUUGCACUGACGAUCGCAAGAUCAUCAUCAACGCACAAAUGGCCCGCAGUGAGGACGAGAUCCCUUCAACCAUCCAAUCCCAGAUGCAGGAGCGUCAGUGCGCCAAACAGGAAUUGUUCGGUCGUGGAGUUAGCGAAGAAUGCCUGUCCACUCGUCGCUUGGCUGCCAUCCUCAACAAGGGUGUGGUGACCAUCGACUACAACGAGAUGCCCGGAGUUGUACGCAACGUGACUACCAAGGUGAGCAACCUUUUCCGUCGCUGGAUGGGCGAACACAUGUCGGACAACCAGGUGGACGUUAAGAAUACGGCCAGCCAAAUCCGCAUUGAAACCGUUUACUAUCCUAUCAUUGGUUCCAUGGAUCUGCGUGUCUACAAACCUGAAUCGAAUACAUUCUACCAUGGCAUCAAUAUCCAUCCUUUGGCCGAAGCCGUUCUGCCCUUCAAUCCUCGUCUUACCGCUUUCCGUGCUGUUUAUGGUGGCCCAGGUCUCUGCAUGGUCGAUCGCGAUUCCGUUACUACCUACGAUGGACUCACCUACAAUACCUCCAUCGAAGGAUGCGACCAGCUCAUCACUAAGGACUGUUCCGGUCGUUAUAAAAUGGCCGUUUUGGCUCGUGAAGAAAAGAACGCAAAGGUUGUGACCGUGUACCUGAACCGUGAAAAGAUUGAGAUCAAUCCCGCUCAAAAGAAGGCCAAGGUCAAUGAAGUGGAACACGUCUUUAACGACGUUUCCCGCGUUUACCAGGUCAGGGAUGUGGAUCAGGACAUUAUUGCCCUUAUCCGCAUGACCAGUGAUGGAUUCAUGGAAGUGGACUCACCGAGCCAUUUGAUCCGCGUAACUGCAAGUGCCGAAGAGGUUAUUCUCUUGAACUCCCCCAUUCAUCGUGGACGCUUGUGUGGCCUCUGUGGUUCCCAGACUGGCGAUAAGAUCACUGACCUUGCUGGACCCAAAAAAUGUCCUCUGCCUGAAAACCUGAUGAGUGUUGCUUACGAACUGAGGCAACCGGCUGGGUGCAAGAGCGUUCAAACACCUGGAGAAAAAGAGGUUCUACGUCGUAUUCAGGACAAAUGCAUCAAAGAAGAAUCGCAUGCUGUCUUUGGACUGACCGAUAGACGUCCCAUGGCACCCAUGUUCCAGCAGCAUGUCCUGUCAAUGGGCAUCCGCAGCGCCGAAACUGACUGUGAUCUCUCCCGCAACCGCAUGAUUCAUCGUGGACGUAAGCGCUGUUUCUCAGUCGAGCCGGCCCUGAAGUGCUCAGCUGGCUGCCAGCCAGCUGAAUUUGAAACUGUCAAGAUGGGAUUCCAUUGCCUUCCAAGCGGACCGCUAUCCGAUCAGCUGAAGGAGGCCCUACCCAUCCGUCCAUUGGACGAGUUGGCCGGAAUGGAGGUGACCAAUAUGGCUGUCUUGCGCGUGCCUUCUUCCUGCACUCCUUCUAGUGUCCGUGUGGAAGACAAAGAGCCUAAAUCGCAUCGUCAUCACUAAAAUACUACAGUGAACUGUUUGAACUGACUUGGACUAGGGAAUAAUGGCUGGUUCACCCCAUUUAUUCAUUUAUUUCGAGAAAAAUAGUAAUUAUUUUAACGUGUAUUGUAAUUGGGGAAAAACAUCAAUGGAAAUAUAAAGAUAUACAAUGAAA